CCUCAGCUGUAGGUCUCCUCAAUGGGACCUGUAAUUGCUUAGAAGAACUCACUUGGCCACAUGGGAAAAAUCAAGUGGAUGAGAACGCCCGUUGUCCAGUCUGCUGUUGAACAGACUACUGAAUCCUACUGUGGUGCAUGUGUCUUGGACAGACACUGCUGAGCUCAGCAGUGAGCCAGAAGAGAAUGGGACCAAUUGCCUUUGGGAAGCAAAGGGUGCUGAAUAAAGAUGGCGGAAGCUCACCAAGCUGUAGCAUUCCAGUUCACAGUCACUCCUGAUGGAAUUGACCUACGCCUGAGUCAUGAAGCUCUCAAACAGAUUUACCUGUCAGGCCUCCACUCUUGGAAGAAGAAGUUCAUCCGAUUCAAGAAUGGAAUCAUCACGGGCGUGUAUCCGGCUAGCCCAUCCAGCUGGCUUAUUGUGGUGGUGGGGGUGAUGUCGACCAUGUAUGCCAAAGUCGAUCCUUCAUUAGGAAUAAUAGCAAAGAUCAACCAAAGUCUUGGGACAACGGGCUCCAUGUCCAACCAGACCAAGAACAUUGUCAGCGGCAUCCUCUUUGGCACGGGACUGUGGGUCACCCUCAUCAUAGCCAUGCGGUACUCCCUCAAGAUGCUGCUCUCCUACCAUGGCUGGAUGUUUGCUGAGCACGGCAAAAUGAGCCGAGCGACUAAAAUUUGGAUGGGAAUGGUGAAGAUUUUCUCAGGUCGUAAGCCUAUGCUGUACAGUUUCCAGACGUCCCUGCCCCGCCUGCCCGUACCAGCUGUCAAAGACACUGUCAACAGGUAUCUAGAAUCAGUCCAGCCUCUUCUGAAUAAAGAAGACUUUAAAAGAAUGAAGGGUCUUGCUGAAGACUUUUCCAUUAAUCUUGGACCAAGACUGCAGUGGUAUCUGAAGCUGAAAUCUUGGUGGGCCACAAACUAUGUAAGCGACUGGUGGGAAGAAUAUGUUUACCUUAGAGGACGAGGCCCCAUCAUGGUGAAUAGCAAUUAUUAUGCCAUGGAUUUAUUGUAUAUCCUGCCAACUCACAUUCAGGCGGCGAGGGCAGGCAACGGCAUCCACUCUAUCCUGCUGUACCGGAGGAAGCUGGAUCGAGAGGAAAUCAAACCCAUUCUUCUGCUGGGGUCCACUGUGCCCCUCUGCUCAGCCCAGUGGGAGCGGAUGUUUAAUUCUUCUCGAAUCCCAGGAGAGGAGACAGAUACCAUACAGCAUGUGAAGGACAGCAAGCACAUUGUGGUGUACCACCAAGGGCGCUACUUCAAAGUCUGGCUCUAUCACGAUGGCAGGCUGUUGAAACCUCGGGAAAUUGAGCAGCAAAUCCAGAGAAUUCUCGAUGACCCUUCGGAGCCUCAGGCUGGGGAGGAGAAGCUGGCUGCCCUCACAGCCGGUGAAAGAGUGCCUUGGGCCAAGGCUCGGCAGACCUAUUUUUCCCGUGGAAAGAACAAGCAGUCUCUUGACGCCAUUGAGAAAGCAGCCUUCAUCGUGACUUUGGAUGACACCGAGCAGGGCUAUAACAAAAAGGACCCAGUCACCUCCAUGGACAGUUACGCCAAGUCUCUGCUCCACGGCAAAUGUUACGACAGGUGGUUUGACAAAACGUUCACGUUCAUCGUCUUCAAGAAUGGCAAAAUGGGCCUGAAUGCAGAGCAUUCUUGGGCAGAUGCCCCGAUUGUCGGUCACCUGUGGGAGUAUGUGAUCUCUACAGACUGCUUCCAGCUGGGCUACACAGAAGAUGGCCACUGCAAGGGAGACACCAAUCCCAACAUUCCGUGCCCCACGAAGCUCCAGUGGGACAUCCCAGAAGAAUGUCAAGAUGUCAUCGAGAAGUCUCUGAGCCUCGCCUGCACCCUGGCCGAUGAUGUGGAUUUUCACUCCUUUCCAUUUGAUGCUUUUGGUAAAGGGUUAAUCAAGAAAAGUAGAACCAGUCCAGAUGCCUUCGUGCAGCUGGCCCUGCAGCUGGCCCAUUAUAAGGACAAGGGCAAAUUUUGCUUAACGUAUGAAGCUUCCAUGACCCGCCUCUUCCGAGAAGGACGAACAGAGACAGUCCGUUCCUGUACUAUGGAAUCUUGCAACUUUGUGCUCACCAUGGUGGACCCCAAACAGACGGUUGAACAAAAGCUCAAAUUAUUCAAAGUUGCAGCUGAUAAACACCAACACAUGUACCGUCUUGCCAUGACUGGCGCUGGCAUUGACCGCCAUCUUUUUUGCCUCUAUGUGGUCUCCAAAUAUCUAGCUGUUGAUUCACCUUUCCUAAAAGAAGUUUUAUCGGAUCCGUGGAGACUCUCAACUAGUCAGACACCUCAACAGCAGAUAGAACUCUUUGAUCUAGACAGGAAUCCAGAAUACGUGUCCAGUGGAGGCGGCUUUGGACCAGUCGCUGAUGAUGGUUAUGGGGUUUCCUAUAUUAUAGUAGGGGAGAACCUCAUCAAUUUCCAUGUGUCCUCCAAAUUGUCCAGCCCCGAGACUGAUUCGCAUCGGUUUGGAGCUCACCUGAGGCAAGCCAUGAUCGACAUUAUCGCCUUGUUUGGACUCCAUGUCAACGCCAAAAAGUAAUUCCAGUUAUGCCUACCACGGAGGAAGUGAAACUCUUCUGAGAAACCAAAAAGACUAGACAUUGAAUUCCCCUUUGUAGUCGAUGGUCAGAAGUUGCUCUUUUCCAGGGAGGAUUUUGUUCUUAGGUUUUUUUUAUUUUGUUUUUAUAGAGAGAGAAGAGAUAGGGAGGGCAGAGUAUAUUAUAUGAAGAAGUGUAAUUUUGCUACUUUUAGGUAUGUCCUAAUGAUGUGAAUGCUUGAUUUUCCCCCUGAAGUCUUUGUCUUGUUUAAAUUUAAUAAAUGAAGGGAUUGAAGUAUUGUCGAAUUAAUGUAAGUAGAGGAAGUUUGAUGUAAUAUAUAUGUGGGGAACAGAAAUAUGUUUCCUGAAUUGUGACUGUAUAUCUGGUACUUAUGGGCAUUUAACUCCUGUUAUCAGAGCAGUUAUAUGUGCAUUAUAUAUUUUUUAAAUUGUUUAGAUUGGAAGUAUGACCAAUGGACAUAGCCAUGUCAUGCACUAACCAAGAAUGGGGCACCUCUUUGGGACAAACUCUUGCCACGAUGGAUAGCUCAGUUACUUACACUGCCUAAGAGAAUAGCCACCCCCAUAUUUGCUUCAUCUCUAGUUUUAUUGAUGUGAGAAUAAACCUUGAGUGUAUUUAUAACCCCAGUGCCUUAACGAUGGAAGGCCCUAAACACAAGAAAAGUCUUACAUAGAUUGUAUUGUAAGUGUAAAGUCCACUGCUGAAUUGUGGGAUUCCAGAUUCCAUUCUGUCAUCUUUUUACCCCACUUGGGUUUAGUCCUGGAACGAGCUUUUUAGUAGAGUAUGAGCCACCCUUUACAGGCAGCCAUAUGUAUCUGGUUUUCUCCUCCAACAGAGUCCAGCUUCUGUGUGUCAGAGAGAGAGGCCACAUCAAUCAGCUUUCCCUGUUUGGGAUCCCCUCCUCCCCAAGUUGGGAGUGUGGCAUUGGCUAGAGAAGCUCAGAGCAGCUGUCUGUUGUCACCAGUCGGGCGCUACUCUGUAGGAACAAAUGUAACAAGGUGGCUGAUGUGAGAGAGAGGAUGUUGGGAAGGGAGGGAAGAAAAGUGAGUACAGGCAUCCCAAAUGACUGAGAAUGGAGCCUCUUCAUCCUAGCAGCAUUGUUUUUGGAGGGGGGGAGGGGAAGAGGGGGAGAAUGAGAGAACACCACAGAACAAAACAAAAAACCCCAGUCCCUCUCAUUCCCAAAGAAAGAAAAGACCAGGGUACUGGAUGACCAUGGUUUUUAAAGGACCUAGAACCCUGUGAGUGCUGGGAUAAAGCUAACUUCAUGAGGAAGGGUCCAACUGGUUUUGUUUUAAAGGCACUGAAUCCUCUCUGGUCUUUAAUAUCAGAGUUAAAGGCUUAUGGAAUUCGAUGACCACUGCCACUGAGCUGGACUGACAGUGUGCGUUUUCUUCCAAUGGUGUGUUUAAUUAUCAUCUCAUCACCCGACCCUGCUUGGGUUUGCCUCCUCAGAGAGGUCUGCACUCCAGUGAUACACAGAAAGGGCUGAACAUCUGGACCUGAUGGAAGGCACCUGCUGAAGAGCAGUGCAGAUUUUGCAUAUGUAUAUUUUGUACUGCAGGCAUCCCACUCAAAUGAGCUACAGAAAUUUUUUUAAGUAAAAAUAAAAGGAUUGGGUUUACUAUCUGGGCAAAAAAAAAAUCAAGAGAAAAAGCCUAUACUGCAGGCAGCAAGGGGGACAUUAAAUCAGACCACUCGAAGAACCCGCCAGCCAGCCAUUCUGGGCUGCGGAAAUCAUGCACUAUUUUAUAUUGACCACUAACUAAUCCAUAUUAAAAUUGCACUUAAAGUUGUAUUAGCUUGUAGGAGAGAUUUUAUUAUUAAAGAUAGUGUUUGGGCUUGACUCAGGUUUUAAAUGUUUCCAAUGUAAUUGUAGUUAAUCAGAGCAGUUAUCAAUGCAACUUUACAUUCUUUAAAAGAAUGUAAAUAGAACUGGCACAGAAAGUGUCAGUUUUUAUUGUACAUGUUGAAAGGGGCAGUGAGAGUGUCACGUGUUUAAUUUUUAUUUAGAAGGGAUCCAGAUUCUUAAUGGAGAUAUGGUUUUUAUUCAUUGCUAUCUUGGAAUGUCCAUUGCAUGUAAAUAGAAAAUGCUCUUUGGGAUGUAAAUCUUGAAAAUGCUACAUGAAUGUAGGCUCUCAUUAAUAAAGAAAUUAACCUCAGUC